CGAGCGGCGGCUUCUGACCCUUGGUGCAACCAAGGCCGUUGAUAGAGGGGAGGCAGACGACCGACACCAGCUCGGAAUGGAUGGUGCCUUAGACCCGUGGAUGAAGUCCCUGUCGGACACGCUCCUCGAGUUGUUCCCACUGCCUUCCGGCCUUGAGAUUAAGCCGGACGUUAUCCUGGAACCUCGUGUGAGCAUCAUUGAAGGUGAACCGGCCGCCUUGUGGCCGGAUACCGGCUUGUUCAAAGGAUACCACACGGCCACUGUCUCUAGCAAUACACGCAUAACUGCUCCAGAUUGGUAUCAAGACGUCCGGCAUUUCGACCUUGACUUCGAUGAAGACUUGGACUACUCGCCAGGAGACAUCGCAGUUAUCGAACCAGAAGCGUGUGCAACAGAUGUCGACGCCUUCCUGCAAUGUGUUGGCUGGCUUGACGAAGCCGACAAGUCUUUCGCUGUGAAGCACGUCCUGCCAGAUCAGUCGUUGCCGACUCGCCUCCCGCGAAGUCUUACUUUGAGAACCCUCUUUAUGCGCUACCUGGACAUCAAUUCUGUUCCGCGACGGUCGUUCUUCGCUCUGCUAAGACACUUCACACCCAACGAAUUCGAGCGGGAGAAGCUCGACGAGUUCUUGUCACCUGAGGGUGCUGACGACUUGUACGACUAUUGCCAGAGCGUGAGACGCACGAUUCGAGAGGUCUUCGAAGAGUUCAGAAGCGCCAAAGUACCGAAAGAAUACCUGUUCGACCUGUUCCCGCCCCUGCGGCCUCGUGAGUUCUCGAUAGCGAGCUCGGCGCUGCGGAACCCAUGGCGCAUACAACUGUGUGUAGCCAUCGUGAAAUACAAGACGAAGCUGAAAAUACCAAGACGGGGUGUAGCCACCACGUAUCUCGCGGCAUUACAGCCAGGGGAUAAACUUCAAAUUCGUCUCAAGAAGGGCAUCAUAGUGUUACCUCCUGACAAAGCCACGCCCGUAAUAUGCAUUGGGCCUGGCACUGGCAUAGCACCCAUGCGUGCGCUCAUCGAGGAACGCGUCGCGCGGGGCGCAAAAGCGAACACGCUGUACCAGGGCUGUCGUUCUGCGACGAAGGACCAGCAUUACCGCACGGAGUUCGCUGCGCUCGCCGGCGACGGAGACAAGCACCUCGAGUACCGCGUCGCAUGCUCGCGCGACGGCCCGCCUGGCGUGAAGCGCAUGUACGUACAGGACCUCAUCGCCGCAGACGCGGAGCGCAUAUGGGAGCUCGUGGGCGUGCAGGGCGCGCAUGUGUACAUUUCUGGGUCUUCGAACAAGAUGCCGGCGGGAGUUAAGGCUGCGGUGCAGGGUGCGCUCGAACAGUACGGGCAGAAGACGGAGGCCGAGGCGAAGGAGUUCGUUGCUAACAUGGAGAGAGAAGGGAAGUUGAUUGAAGAUUGCUGGGAUUGAAUUUUCAGAUGUUGCGCCUGACAGUUUUUGCGUAGACGGAAGUACAUAUGCUUGUUCUUGUUGCAUCUUAGGG